AUCUGAUUGGCUGUUCGCUCCAAACAUAGUCACAUGACGAGCAGGUCUAAACAGAAGAAGGAAGAACACAAACGGCUCCAGGAUGACGGCAGCUCUCCUGUGUUUCCUGCUGGUUGGUUCAGUCCUGCUGGUUGCCGGCAGCCCAGUUCAUAAAGCCAACAAUGGGAGCGUACCACUGGUGCUGUGGCAUGGGAUGGGCGACAGCUGCUGUAACCCGCUCAGCAUGGGGGCCAUAAAGAAGAUGAUGGAGGAAGAAAUCUCUGGCAUUUACGUGCUCUCACUGAAGAUCGGAAAGAGUGUCAUUGAGGACACAGAAAAUGGGUUUUUCAUGGACGUGAAUGAGCAGGUGUCCAUGGUGUGCAGUCAGCUGGCGCAGGACCCAAAGUUGAAGGGAGGAUACAAUGCCAUGGGCUUCUCCCAGGGGGCACAGUUUCUGAGAGCUGUGGCUCAGCGCUGUCCCUCUCCGCCAAUGAAAACCCUCAUCUCCAUCGGGGGCCAACACCAAGGAGUGUACGGGCUGCCCCGCUGCCCCGGAGAGAGCUCCCACAUCUGUGACUUCAUCCGCAGAGCUCUGAACAACGGCGCGUACAGCGACAUAGUUCAGAAACACCUGGUGCAGGCCCAGUACUGGCACGACCCCUUAAAUGAUGACCUGUACAGGAAGUACAGCCUCUUCCUGGCCGACAUCAAUCAGGAGAGGGUUGUAAAUGAGACGUACAAGAAGAAUCUUCAGUUGCUGGACAAGUUCGUCAUGGUUAAGUUCCUGCAGGACACGGUGGUGGAUCCUGUUGAUUCGGAGUGGUUCGGCUUCCUGAAAACCGGCCAGGCCAAAGAGACCGAAACUCUGCAGGAGAGCGUUCUCUACAAAGAGGAUCGUCUCGGCCUGGCAGCGAUGGACAAAGCUGGGAAGUUAGUGUUUUUGGCAACCGAUGGAGACCACCUGCAGUUCACCAGACAGUGGUUUAAUGCAAACCUGCUGCCUUAUUUACGCUAAAAAUGUAAAUCGGAGUAAAUGUACAAAACAGAUUUUAACUUUUCUGUUUCAGUAGCAAUAAAAUGCAGCCGGCGAGUAAAAGCUAGAUAAUUUGGGCAGGGGGUGCAGAGAGCACAUCAUUCCUUUUGCACUAAUCAUUUGUAGCCUGUUGGUGUUUUUGUGAUGUUAAUUUUAGCAGCUAAUUUGUGUGUUAGUUCACUGCUACAUUACUAAGGGUUAUUUCCACUGAGUUCUGAUGAGGUCAAAUUGUUGUCUUUUUUGUGAUACUUUUUUUUUUGUUGCAUCUGUGAACAUCUGACAUGUUUAAUCCAAUAAAGACAAACAAAAUCAUUUUAUUGCAACAUGUUUUAAUGAUGUCUCCGGUACUAAUGAGCAAAAAUUCUGACUUUUGGACCCGAAACAAUAAAAAGGAGGUAAAAAGAAAGAGACGAUAUAAAAGAAAAUUCAGCGAACAGCUUCAAGAGCUGAACCGAAGAGUGCGGACGUGAGCGAGUGGAGAGACGUCGAUGGUCGGGAUAAUAUUUUAAGACUUAUUUAGUAAUUAUUGAUAUCUAUACAGAUGAUUACAGCAGAUAUUUCCAAUCUAGAGACUGAGGUGGAGGUGAAGCAUUUCAUGAUGUCCUUCAGUCUCUCUCUUCCACUUUGUUUCUCUUUAUCGCAAACUUUUCCUUACAUGCCUCUUUUGUAUGGAAUGUUUUUUUUUAGUUUUCGGGAAUGUCCUAUGUGUGGAUUUAAGGGAAAGCACAUGGAAUGAUCAUUUUUAUUGUUCCAACAUCAUCUAAAUGAGAAGUUCAUGACGUGCACACAACUUGAUUUUAAUCCUAUUUAUGUGCUCUGAGAGUUUUUCGUAUUAUUAUCCACUAUGAGUUAAAGUCAGCGGAGGUGAUAUGGAUGCCAUUAUCCUCUUUGUUUGACAAGUGCGUCACCAGUGGUUUGCAUAUAAUGGAACAAAAACCUAUCAAGCCACAACUUUAAAAAAAAAAAACACCAGCCCCUCCUGACCAGGAAGAGGAGAAAGAAUAAUCCCGAUAGCGGAGCCUGAUUGGCUGCUUUCAUUCCCAUGUUGGCUGUUCUACGUGUUAAAUUUAGCGUAGCAUUAUCCAGGUAAGAUACAAAAUAUCACACAGAGCAUCCCAGCUAUUGGCAAAACUCAUGAACGUGUUCGAAAAGUGCUCACAGGAGAGGAGAGACCAAUUUGAACGACAAGCCGCUCCCUGCUGAUUGGCUGGAGGAUUUUGCUCCAGAUAAAAGCGAGCAGUCCUCUCAUUGGCUGAUGGAAGGGACAGCUUAAGCUGCGAUUGGCUGAUGCGGGAGGGAGGGAGGGAGAUAUAACGGUCCAAAUCUCAGUCUACAGUGUGAAGAGUUAGCUGGUGGGGUGGUCGAUCAGUCAGGAAGGCA